CGUUUUGAACUACGGACGCCAUUUUUAGGCGUGUUUGUCAAGUGCUUAUGUGUGUCAUAAUGAAGGAAUAGGGAUUUGGAUUUAGUAAUGAAAAGACAGUAUGGCUUCAGGAGAACGGAAAGAUUUAUCGCUAGUAUUUUUCUGGACACUAUUUUUUGUACAGAUCCUUCAAUACGAAAGUUUGACCUUAUGGCCUGUAGACAGCUGUCCCGGAAAUCAAUCUGAAGUCGAGGCUGCCACACUCAGACUGAACUGUUCUGAUGUGAGGGAGUCGAUCAACGUGUAUCACUGUCUACCUCUAUCCAAUCUGUCUGAUUUGGUAGAGUUCUGUUACGAUGGAAGAAGUGGUUUGGUUGAAGCGGGUAACUGUAUGGUACUGUACAGGGAAACUUUGAACAACUACCAAUGUGGUCACUUCAAAAAUGGCUGUCCAAAUGCAUAUUAUUUUCCAAAAAAUAUGUACAAGUACCCAGCCUGCUUAAAGAUAAACACACAGAACAACUGUUAUAUUGCGGAUCCAAGUUGUCCUAAUAUAAGGUUUUUUGGAACAACGACAAUAUCUUCAGUUACUUCGACGGAAAAAACAACGACUAUGCCUACAUAUACUGCAGUUGAUAAUAAAAGUCUUUAUGUUGAGGCAACGUCUAUUCCCGCACUCAGUGGAAAUAAUAAUCACAGGCUGUUACAUUUAAUUCCAGUUUUGCUUGGUGUUUUAUUACCUCUGCUUGCGGUUGUUUUAGUUAUUUUGCUGAGUUGUCGGAUGGAUAAACGAACAGGAAAAGACCCAGCAGAAGAACAUGAACUGAAAGAAAACCUGUUCAAAACAGUUAAUAAAGACACAUCAUUUGAGAUGGACGAAACUUCUCCAUUGAUUGCAGACACUCCAAUGAAUGAAGACAAACACCAUGAGUUAGAAGGAAGCUUGCCUUUGAAAUCGGAUGAAGACUAUUCCUUGAAUGAAAUGCAGACAUACCUCGAAGACAAUGAAUUUUUGGAGCGUUAUCAGAAAUAUCUUGAAGAAGGAUCUGUAGAAGUGUGCCCGAUUUCACAAAUCAUAAUUGUUGGUGAACAAGGAGUAGGAAAAACAACUCUUCUCUACCGACUCCAAGGGAAAAGUCAGGAGGAAAUCAAAGCAAUAACAUCAACACGAGGAGUGGAAUGCCACACAGAACAACACAGCUUUAUCAUUACAAAAAACCAGCUUGAGAUGAACCUGAGGGGAGUAAGCAGUCUGGCAGUCGACCCUGGACAUGUUAAUACAUUUUCUGAAGGUAAAAACAACAGAUGUUAA